AUGGCUCGCUUUUGGCUCCUCGGACUAGCCGCUAUUGUUGGCUCAUUCACGCAGGCCUUGCCAGAGGGCAACUGCCAUGCGAAAUGUCGUUGUCUCCCAUCUCAACCAUGCUGGCCCUCAACGGCAGAAUGGAAGGCUCUCAACCAAUCCGUUCAUGGACAACUGGUUCAGGUUAUUCCCGUCGGCAACGUUUGCCACGAGCCCACGUUCGAUGAAGCACGAUGCAAUGAAUUGCGUUCUGGCCUAACUUACGAUGCCCGCUUCAGGAGUGCUGAGCCUGGUGCCGGUUCGUGGUUAAACUGGGAGGCUUGGGAAACCCGAAACGAAACCUGUUAUGUCGACAGUGACAAGAGCAUCCAGUGCGGACAAGGGCGCGUUUCCCUUUACUCGGUCGCCGUACAGACUCCCGAAGACAUCAUUGCUGCGCUAAAGUUCGCCAACAAGCAUAACAUCCGACUCGUCGUCAAGAACAGUGGCCAUGACUUUAGCGGCCGUUCGAUGGCACCUUUCUCGCUCCAGAUCCACACCAAGAAGAUGCUAGAUAUCAAGUACACCGCGGAUUUCUCUCUUCGUGGAGCUCCUAGGCAAUCGCCCUCCAUGGGACCGGCAGUCACCAUCGGUGCAGGCGUGAAGCUAUUCCAGCUCUACAAUUUUUGCCAUGAAAAGAACCUUACUUUAAUUGCCGGCUUCUCAAGUACCGUUGGAGCUGCGGGAGGGUUCAUACAGGGAGGCGGCCAUUCGAUCCUCAGCCCCUGGAAGGGCUUAGGCUCCGAUAACGUCCUUGAAUACACGGUCGUGACAGCCAACGGGAAAUAUCUUUACGUCAACCAAUACGAGAAUCCUGAUCUCUUUUGGGCGCUCCGCGGUGGUGGCGGCGGAACUUUUGGAAUCGUCACGAGUGUCACUUUCAAGGCCCACGAGAAUCCCCCCAUAACUUACUUCCACAUGGACAUUGCUCGCUCAACAGCCGACGCCAGUUUCUGGAAGUUGAUCGAGAUUCUCUGGAAGCACUUGCCCGGUCUCAAUGACGACUUUGGCGCCUCGCUGUCCUCGGUCAUGUUUCCCAGCGCGGCCAUGCCUAGCCCGGUGGACGGAGUACCCACGCAACCCCGCGCCCUCGUGAAUCUCAAGGGUUUCGCCGUGGGCGCCGCCACUACUGAGUUCCGAGCUGCCUUGUCCGCCCUUGAGGAUGAAUGGCGUAGCGUCGCUGACAAUUCAACCUUGACCUCGCCACGCGAUUUCUCCUUCAACGUCACCACCUUCCCCAGCAUUACCUCGUUCUACACCUCAGCACUCACCGGGACGGAUCGCAGCGGUGCAUCGACCAUUAUCGGCUCCCGCCUCGUAUCCCGAGACUUCAUCAAGAGUCCCGGGGGCCCAGCAGCAAUUGCCGACGCUUUUUCCAAGAUCAAAGUGGCUCAGGACGAAGCCAUCUCUGGAAACAUGGUUGGCGGAGGCGCGGUGGCUGCCACGGGCGAGAAGGAGACUGGAGUCAACCCCGCAUGGAGACGGGCUCUGGGCCAUAUGAUGAUCGUGCGGGGAUGGUACACGGGCACUCCACUUGCUGAACAGCAAGCCAUACACGAUGAGCUCACGAAUGUCCAAGUGCCUAUCCUGAAGUCCUUGGCCCUGCCCGGGGAGAAGAUGGGCUCGUACCACAAUGAGGGGGAUGAUGCGGAGCCGGAUUUCCAGCGGUCGUUCUGGGGCGACAAUUACUCCCGUCUCUACAAAAUUAAGCAAAAGUGGGACCCUCGAGGCGUGUUUAUUGUCCGCAAAGGCGUUGGAAGUGAGGACUGGGAUUAUGAGGGCAUGUGCCGUCUCAAGUAA